AGCACAAUGGACAUGACGACGUCGAAAAAUCACAGCCCUGCGAGCGAACACAUCAAGCGGCCGAUGAACGCGUUCAUGGUGUGGUCUCGCGGUCAGCGGCGCAAAAUGGCCCAGGACAAUCCCAAAAUGCACAAUUCGGAGAUUUCCAAAAAUCUCGGCGCCCAAUGGAAGCUGCUAACCGAGGGCGAAAAGCGGCCCUUCAUCGACGAAGCCAAACGGUUAAGAGCCCUCCACAUGAAAGAGCAUCCCGACUACAAGUACCGGCCGCGAAGGAAACCGAAACCGUUGGUCAAAUCUCCCACACCGAACGGAGCGAACCAUGCGAACGGAAACGGUCCACCCUCGGUAAAGGAACCGGCACCGCAAUCACAGUCCCCGGUCGGCCGGACAUCCUUCAGCCCAACGCAGCUGACGACACCGGUCGGGCUGCCGCCCGGCAUCUUCCCGUCCUACCACUUCGCCUACGAUCUGCACCAGAAAGCGUUCUGGAACCUGUACGGACCACAUCUGCUGUCGUCCGUCGUGCCGUCCGCGUAUGCCGUGCCUCCCCAUGCCGCCCUCCCACUGUCUUACAUUAAACCGCCAAAGACGUCGCCACCGUCCCCGAUGACACCGCCCUCGCCCAUCCAGUCGAGCAACAUCAUCUGACCUACGCCACUGCGCUACAGCGCCGAGCCUAAUGUUUAGCUAAUUGA